AUGUCAGCUGAUGGAAAUGAUGGGAAAAAACUCACGUUCUUGAAAUGGGGAAUACUAUCACUACAUAUUAUCAAUAUUAUAGCAGAUGGACCAAAUCAACCGCCUACACUGAAGUUUACUAAACUUACAGAGAAUGCAUUUACUCCUACUCGGGGAACAGAGAUUUCUGCAGGAUUUGACUUAAAAAGUGCAGGUGAUUACACAAUUCCUGCAAGAGGAAAACACGUUGUCGACACAGACAUUCAAAUAGCAGUACCAAGUGGUUGUUAUGGGAGAAUAGCACCAAGAUCUGGUCUUGCAGUUAAUCAUUUCAUUGACAUUGGAGCUGGCGUCAUAGACCCAGACUACAGAGGAAACGUAGGCGUGGUCAUGUUCAACUUUGGUGCAGAUGAUUUCAAAGUGAAGAAAGGUGACAGACUUGCCCAACUGAUUUGUGAGAAAAUCCACUUCCCAAAAUUACAAGAAGUUGAGGUACGUUACAAGAGAUACUAAUUUUUUUUUGCAGAAUUCAAAUUUUGAUAUCUUUAAAACACUUUUUAGUUAAAUUUUAUUUAAAAAUUCCAAUGUUAGUUUAAAAGACGUUUUUAUUUUCUUUAUUAGAAAAAAGACGGAAUAAAAAAUUAUUAUCUUAAGAGAUUAUACAUCUAUUAAUUCAUAUGUAUAUCUACUCGUCGAGGAGACAGUGGGUUCGGGUCAACGGGCACAAAUUGAUGCAAUGUAGACAACAGCGGAUACAUUCAGAACUGGACUGUGUAGAUAUUAAGAAAACAUACCUCUUUUAUUAUCUUUACAAUAUUUUGUUCUCUCGUUCUAAUGCGUUUUAAUGCGUUUUUACUCUUGAUAAAAAUGUGGGGGCAAUUAAUUAAAAUGUAUGUAAUUCAUUCAUGCCUUGUAACAGGACUGUGUAGAGAUUUAAGUGUGCAGAGAUUAAAGAAAAAAUACUCAAAUUACAGUAUAUUUGAUUUUCAAAAUUGGUUUUCAGUGGUAUUAAUGAGUUUAAAGAAGUUUCUAUUCUUGAUGAAUAAGUUGUAGCAACUAUUAUGAAUGUACAUAAUUCAUUUGCUCUUGGUACAUGUAUAACACUGUACCAGAUAAUCAUGUCAGUUUCAAGUGGUAUUUUUGCACCAGCCUAAGAUGCCGUUUUGUAAAAAUAAUUAUCCAUACUAUUAUUAGACUGUUGCCUAAAAAGUAAAUUACCAUUUUUUGUUUUAAGUGUGGCUCAUAUGAAAGGUGAGGUAUUAACCUUCACAAAUUAAUAACCCAGAGGAAAAUAAUAGUGUCCAUACGAAAAAUAACUUUCCUACAGGAAAUUUUGAAAAAGCUACACGAUUUUCUAAAACUGCACAGAAAUCAUAUUUUCUAUAAGAAAAAAGCCUUUACUUCAUGAAUUUAAUUGAGAUGGGCAGUUUUUCUAUUGGAUUCUACAUUGGGUGUUUAAAUCUUAUGGGAAUUUAAUUUCUACUAUGAAGUUCUUUUAUUAUAAUUAAACAUUUCUUUUCCUGUAGGAAUCUAUUUAUCUCAUGGGAGAGGUGAGAUAAAUCAAUAACAAAAGUGGUUAUAAACUCUUUCAUAUUACGUAUUCGAAUGCAUCACAGAUUGGUGAAAAAAUGCCACUUUAUGCGGCACAGUUUUGUAUUUGAUUUGCAUUUUCUCAUGAAUAAACUUAUAACGGAUAAAAUUUACCUUAGAUACCAAAUAAU